UAAAAAUGGACGCGUCCAGUCUCUCAGUGCGUGAAACCUGUGGCGAAGCUGUGAAAGUAGAGUGAUUUAAAAUUCUAAUUUCGUAAUAAUUUGUGCCUCGCUUACUAGCCGUAGUACAGCCUUUGCCUGCAAUACUGUUGUUCUCGAGUUGGGCAACGUACUGUUGGGGAGCUGCUUAAGUGAAGGGUAGAAGCCAAUCAUCGGCAGUGGUAUUAGCCCGCAGCGACUGCAGUAUGCCUCGGAACUCCGUAAGGUGGGCGUUUAACGUUCGUACAUGGCAACCGACUCGAGAACAGUGGCUGUACGCCUUGCGGUGUGUUCAACCCGAAGAAAAAGAGCGAAUCCAAAAGUUUGUGUUCACUAAGGAUGCCAAAGCAUCAAUGAUCGGCAGACUUCUGCUCAGAAAAUGCAUCAGUGAACUUCGUGGCGUGCCCUACCACGACAUCCACUUCGGUCGAAAUGAGCAUAACAGGCCCGUCUUAAAACAUCCGGAACUUACAGUUCACUCUUUUGACUUCAAUGUCUCACAUCAAGGGGAUUUCGCAGUGUUGGCAGCCGACGACUACCCCAACGUCGGCGUUGACGUCAUGAAAACAGAGUAUUCCGGCGGCAAAACGAUACACGAGUUCUUCGCAGUCAUGGAGAGGCAGUUCACUCCAAAAGAAUGGAGCUACAUUGAGCAGCCAGGCACCGAGAGUGACUUGCUUAGACGUUUUUAUCGACUUUGGUGCUUGAAGGAGAGCUUUGUCAAGGCUACAGGCGCUGGACUGACUAUUGAUCUGCAGCGGUUGAAUUUCACUUGCCCAACAAAAGACCUCAAGCAGGGCAUAAUCACAAGUGACACGAAGCUGUAUUUCGACAACCAGCUGCUUAACGACUGGAUAUUUCAAGAGACAAUGCUUGAUCAUGACCACUGCGUCUGUACAGCCCUCAACCUGUGCCCAACCCCGGCAGCAAGAAAAGGCUACAAGAACAGGCCAAGGAUGCACUUGAUAGGCACUCUGAACUCGUGAACAGCAGCUUACCUUGGAUAGCAAAAUGUCGGGUACAGUGCACUCUCAACUCUCUUCAAGGUGUAGAAAACUCAAGAACUUACCAAAACUUUUGCUUGCCAGGAGUGUACUGUAUAUAUGAGAAAUUAUACAAUGGUCCCCCAACUGUCUGGCUUAACAUUCAGUUUGCUUUAAUACUGUA